GACGGGCUGGAUCUCGACGAGAAGGAGGAGGAUGUCGGUGUCCGGGAGGUCUUGCUGUUGGUGCGCGGCUUCGCCAAGGACAUAUUUCAUCGGAGGUAUUUUCCUCGGGCUGCAAAGAGGUAUCUCGGAAGGCUUAGGAGCACAAUGUUCUUGCCGGAGAAUACUUUUGCAAAUGGUGUUGUUGUUCCUGAAUGUCCAGCAGAGGAUUCUUUUGCAAAAGCUACUGCAGAUGCUACAAUUGUGGUAUCUGAUUCAUCAUGUGAUUCUGAAAAGAAACAAGGCGAAGGUGCAUUCACGGGGAGCGGAGGGAAGAAUGAUCAAGAUGGAAGUGGAGGUUCUUCUAUCAAAGGGAAAGAGGUGGAGAAAGCCCCUCCACCAAAAAACCAUCUUGACCAUGGCUUACUUAUUACUCCCACUAUUCCUAUCAGGCAAGUGAGGCCAGAAGGUGUGAUAAGCCAUGUGAAACCAGGAGUUGAGGUAGAUACUGUCACAAGUGUGCAGAGGCCAACGGAAGAAAACGUUCCUCCUACAACUGGUUUGCUUCCUAUGCAUGAAGGUGAUGGUUCUGAAGGUACCGAACGUUCAUCCACCCCCACCUGCCCCGACAACUCAGCUGAGCAUCCCUGAAAUGAUGAGCGGGGUCAAGCACAUGAUCUCGCACCUGCAAGAUGGAGUCAAGCCCGUCCAGGAGAACCUUCUAGGCGAUUUGCAGAGGCUUCUGGCAAACCUGGACAGGGCACAACCCGGGCCUUCUAGCUCCGCGACUGCUACUUCAUAGCCCCUGUCCACCGUCUGGCUUCGUGGCUCUGGCCUCUCCAUAGUUCUUGUUGGUGUAUGGGAUCUUAUUGUUUUCUUUUCGUGGAGCUUCUUUUUUCCAUUUGAUGAUGAACAAAAUGUAAUUGCAAAGUCAAUGUGAAUGGUAGACAU